AUGGACGCCAGCAUAUACAUCACCAUCAUUUCUUUCCUGUUACCUAAUCUGUUACCACUCCAGAUUUCUCUUGCAACAGACAGUCAAGAUGGUCCUAUUCACACUUGCGAAUGGGGCCAGUCUCUUGAGUCUCGUGAAUUCCUCUGUGAAACUCAUACGAUCUUCUGUGAGCGGGAGGCGCUGCACAAUACAAAGACAGCUGCCACCAGCCACAGCAGUUUGCAGGCCAUUCGCAUGCAUUUGCCCUAUGAGGGAGACAGCAAGAGGCUGAUCCAUCAUGGAGAUAUCGCUGUAAAAGUCAGUCGCAGUGCUCUGACCUGCCCGGGACAGUCAUGCUUCUGGCCAAAAUCCAGCUCUGGAAUUGUCACUAUACCCUACACCCUGUCUGCUGAAUACAACAGCAAGAGGCUGAUCCAUCAUGGAGAUAUCGCUGUAAAAGUCAGUCGCAGUGCUCUGACCUGCCCGGGACAGUCAUGCUUCUGGCCAAAAUCCAGCUCUGGAAUUGUCACUAUACCCUACACCCUGUCUGCUGAAUACACAUCCUCUGACUCUGCAAUCAUCUAUUCCGCCAUUCAGGAAUACACCUUGCUAACCUGCAUCCGUUUUGUGGAGCGUAUGACAGAGGCUGAUUAUAUCCAGAUCCGCUCUGUAGAUGGAUGUUGGUCCUACCUGGGGAGAAUUGGAGGACCCCAAGAUCUGUCGCUAUUCAACCCUGGCUGCCUAUUGAAAGGGAUUGUACAGCACGAGCUCAAUCAUGUCCUGGGCUUUGUCCAUGAGCACACCAGGAGUGACCGGGAUACCUACGUUGGCAUUGAAUGGGCACAUAUCUCAGAUGUAUACAAAAGCAACUUUGAGAUGACCCAGCCUCCAACCAAUAACCUGGGCCUGCCGUAUGAUUACGCUUCUGUGAUGCACUAUGGAAGAUAUGCCUUCAGCAAAGCUCCCGGAAAGGCAACCAUUGUCCCAAAGCCUGAUGCCAGGGUCUUCAUAGGGCAGAGGUAUGGACUGAGCAGCCUGGACCUUCAGAAGAUCAAUCGUCUUUAUCAGUGUGAUGUCUGCAGUUCGUUGCUCUGUGACCUGUCAGGAUCUUUGCACUCGGGAUAUAUAAGUUCAGUCAAUCAGAACAGAUCACAAUGUGUCUGGCUCAUUCGUGUCCCUGCAAACAAGGUGUUCCUGCAGUUUCAUACCUUUGAUACCUCUCCCAGCUGCUCCUCGGACUCUGUGAAGGUGUAUGAUGGGGCUACCAAGACAUCUCCUCUACUAAUUAACACUACCUGCAGGAUGAAAGAUCUCCCUCCGGUGUUGUCCUCAGGAAACCUGAUGUCCGUGGAAUUUUUAAGUGGUGGAGUUACAACAUUCACAGCUUCUUAUCAGACAGUGGCAUGUGGUGGAAUGCAAAUGAAGGAGACUGGAACUGUGACCUCUCUGGGAUACCCUACCAAGUACCUACCCUUCCAAGAUUGUAUAUGGUCUAUUGUGGCACCCACUGGGCAUAGAAUUCAGCUGAAUUUCGUCUCCUUUACGCUGGAGUCCUCCCGUAACUGCAUUUACGAUUACUUGUCCAUCUCGGACAGCUCUCGAUCUGGCACCUCGGUAUCAGACAGGUAUUGUGGGGCUAAGAAGAUGCCGUCACUGGUGUCCUCUGGGAACUGGAUGCUGUUGCAGUUCCACUCGGAUAAGUCAGUGCAGAGUACCGGCUUCCAGGUCACAUACAGAUGGGCAACCCAGCGUGGACGCCAGACGAGUGCCGGUCUCCUUGCCUACAGCCACACUCACCACAGCCUGCCUCAGUACUCACCACCCGAGAUUGGACCCCGGCUGACAAACCCUGGGACACUCCGAGCUAGCGUGGCCAGGAUCAAGCCACCCCGAACAGCAGGACGCCCAAACCGCAAGUAUUCCCCUCGGGCUUGCCACCCACAGGGGAUUUAA